UAGAUGGAUGAUGGUUGGAUGUAGAUAGAUGGACGAUGGUUGGAUGGAUGGAUCAGCUGAUCACAGAAUCACUAAUAAAUAAACCAGUGUGACUCAGCACUUUUGGAGGUUUAAUGUUAAGUCAGUUUAUUAGUUAUAGUUUUUUUGUUGUUGUUGUUGUUGUUUUGUAUUAUUGUUGUGUUUUUGUCUGAUUCAACACAAACGGAGCAGCUCAGGUCUGAGCUGACAUUUGUAGCCAUCUGGACCUGUUUUUAUCAGAACCGUCUCCUCCGGUUCUUAUCAGCCUCCGGCUCUAAUGGUUGUUUGGCUUCGUCAUGUUUGUGUAAAACCUGACGGCUGUGAUAACCACGUGAACUUUGACCCCAUAAAUCUGAGCCUGCUUUACAGGAAACCGGGUUCUGUUGGACCURUUUGGUCACAAACCUGUCCAGAUCAGCUGUGUGUGGCAGCCAUCUUGAAUCAACUCAYUCAUCAGAUAUUUUGCUAACAGCCAGAUGAUUCACUUGGUGUKUUUAUCACUUUCCUGGAAGUCAGACAGACUCAUGUUUCUUGGAAAAAAAAGAUUUUCUGCUUCAUUUUCCUGAUCAGAAGCUUCUGGUUGGCCGGGUCGGGCCGGCCGGGUCGGGCCGGGGUCAUAAACCCAUCACAAAGGGUCCACUCAGACAGCACGCGCUUCCUGUCCGCGGCCAUUAUUCUGAAUCAUUUCACUUUAAGGGCCCGGCGCUGACGGGGUGAUUAGGCCCGGCCCAGAACUUCUGCCUGAGCGCCACCGUCUCCUUAUCUGAGCUGAUGUCGUGUGCGCCUCGCCCCCAGCGCGCCCACUCUCAGGCCACCGCCUCCUUUUCUCCUUGUUGUUUUGCCUCCUCAGCCUGAGACGGGCUGCGCGGCGAGCGGCUCGUGACUUCCUGUCGGAGCCGUCAUGGUGUAGACAUGGAGCUGACGGUGAAGGACUGCGUCUCGCUGCCCGUCUACACCUUCACCUUCCUGUUGGGACUUCCUGCCAACCUGUUCGUCCUCUUCGUCUACGUCCGCAAAGCUCGCAAGCGCGGCGCCACGCCCAACGUGGUCUACGCCCUGAACCUGUGCCUGGCCAACCUGGCGCUGGUGGCCUGGCUUCCUGUCAAGGUGCUGGAGACGCUGCUGAGGAACUGGACGCUGCCGGCGCCGCUGUGCCCGGUGUACAGCUUCUUCCUGUACGCCUCGCUGUACGGCAGCUGCCUCUUCAUCACCGCCGUCACCGCAGGGCGCUACCUCAGCAUCGCCUUCCCCAUYGUCUACAAGCGUUACCGCCGCGCCCGGCUCUCCUGCUUCCUCUGCACCGCCCUGUGGGCGCUGGUCGUGCUGCACCUCAGCGUCAGCCUGAUGGCGGAGGGCGGGGCUUACUUCGUGGGCGUGGAAAACGACAGCAGGGCGUGCUACGAGCACUUCAACGCCUCGCAGCUGGCCGUGCUGCUCCCGCUGCGCCUGGAGAUGGCCGUGGUUUUGUUCAUGCUCCCUCUGACGGUCACGUCUUUCUGCACGCUGCGCUGCGUCACGCUGGUGUGGCGCUCCAACCUGCCCCCACCGGGGAAGAAGAGGGUCCUGGCGGUGGCGCUGUCCACGCUCGCCGUCUUCGUCGUCUGCUACGCGCCCUACAACGCCUCGCACGUGGUGGGCUUCGUGCAGGGCGACAACGUGGCGUGGAGGAGCUCGGCCAUGCUGACCAGCGCCUGCAACGUCUUCCUGGAGCCCGUGGUCAUGCUGAUGCUGUCCCCGGCCGGGUCCAGGGGCCUUCUGAGGCGGGUCUGCGGUGGGCGGAGCCUCAGCGGGCGGCACCGGGGGAAAACUACCAGCGGGUUCACCAACAUCAAGCUGCCGUCUGACAGGAGCCAGGUGGGAGGCCAGGUGACGAAAACACACUGAGCUGAGGUGGAGAACAGAUCACACAGAACCAGACCUGAUCCAGAACCAGGACCAGGACUGAUCCAGAACCAGGACCAGGACUGAUCCAGAACAGUUUGGACAGAAAAAGACUGAGUUUUCUAAUAAAAACAUCAAA